AGCAAAUCCCGCAACGUUUGCUCUACGCGGUCUGCUCCGUUCUCUUCUCUUUACUCUUUUUGUAAUUGGUAGUGCUGCUCUUCAACUUAGGUGUAUAGUGUGGUGAAGGGACUGUCACAUGGAACUGGAUGAAAAACCUGUCAUUGAGCUCGACGGACCACCCGCAGGAGACGUUGGCGGUGGUGGAGACGGCGGUAGUGGCGAUGAGGGUUUAACGGCGUUAGGUGACGGAGGUGGGAGUAGCUCUCAGGGUGCUAGAGACAGAGUAAAGGGUCCUUGGUCUCCAGAGGAGGACGCUAUUCUGAGUCGACUUGUUAGCAAGUUCGGGGCCCGAAAUUGGAGCUUAAUUGCUCGCGGGAUCGCUGGAAGAUCCGGCAAGUCUUGCCGGCUCCGAUGGUGUAAUCAACUCGACCCAGCUGUGAAGCGCAAGCCCUUUACUGAUGAGGAGGAUCGGAUCAUAGUUGCAGCACAUGCAAUCCAUGGGAACAAAUGGGCAGCCAUAGCCAGACUUCUACCAGGAAGAACAGAUAAUGCCAUUAAGAAUCAUUGGAAUUCUACUUUGAGGCGUCGGGGAAUAGAACUUGAUAAAGUUAAAUUAGAAGCUUGCAACAUGGUGGAAGAUGUUAGCUUGGAGAAAGCAAAAGCAUCAUCAGAAGAAACCCAGUCAUGUGGGGAUGUUAAUUCCUUGAGAUCCUCGGAAGGAAGAGAUGUCAGUUCUGUGGAGAAUAUGGAGGAUAAAUAUGAAGACAGGGCACAGACAGAGAGUCAAAUGAACCAUGCAGUCAAGGAUUCGCCUACUCUUUUCCGUCCUCGAGCGCGUAUUAGUGCUUUUAGUUUAUAUACAUUGGAUGGUUCACAACCUGCAUCUUCUACCUCUAGGCAAGUUCCAAUGCAAGGACCUCUUUUUCAAGCAUCCAAGCCUGGUAUUGAAAUUUGUAAAAUGCUGGAUGGAAUUUAUGGCUGUGACCUAUCUGUGCCUAACCACUGUAGCCAUGGUUGUUGCACUGAUCUAAGUGGUGAAAAUGCCAAGAGCUCCUUGUUGGGGCCAGAAUUUAUUGAAUUUUCAGAGGCCCCAUCAUUCCCGAGUUUUGAGUUGGCAGCCAUAGCUACAGACAUCAGUAACCUUGCUUGGUUGAAAAGUGGAUUGGAGAAUAGUAGUGUCAAAAUGAUGGGUGACUCGGCCGGUAGGGUGGUAUCUCACGGAUCUCAAGUGAAUAUUGGCCACUAAAAUGCGAAGAAUAUGAUCAGUCCUAUUGAGUUAAUAAUAAUGAAGAUUGAAGACAUUGUGAUGUCAACCUGGUUGCCUCGGAAAUAUACUUGGGAAACUUUAGUUAGAGGAUCUGGCCGUAGCUAUGUGAGUGAUUGUGAUGUAAAUGGAAUCGAUUGGUAAAAUUUAAUGAGAUAUAUAGUUCAUACUCUCAGGAAUUACUCAA